AUCAACACAGAGCUUUGUCCCUCUUUUAUCCGUCCAUGAAAAAUAUGCCUGUAACUUCCGAUUAGCCAAAAACCCAAUUCAUCAGAACACGAUGGUUUAAAAUUCUCAAACUCUAAAGCCUCUAAAAUUUUUGCUCGUUGAAGCUAACCAUGGCGGAAAGUGCAGCUUCGUCGCCUAAACCCAUCCCUUCUCCAAAUCCGAUGGACCCAUCACCACCACCGCCAUCACAACAAGCCCAACCACAAUCACAACAACUACCACCAACGGUGAACUCAAAUACGACAGCUCUAACUCCACCACAACCACAAGCACAAACACCUACACCAAACAUGUCAAAUUUAGCUCAAAAUCCACAAAUCUCUUCUCCUUCUAUUGACCAGCAAAUUUCCUCGCCUCCUCUUUCUUCUCAACAGCAACAGCAACCAACUGUACAGCAACAGCAGCAACAACAACAAACGCAGCAGCAAUUGCAGCAACAAAAUGUCGCAGCUAUGCCAAGCUAUCAAAUUCCACAAACCCUUCAAAGAUCUCCUUCUUUGUCUCGUUUAAGCCAAAUUAACCAACAGCAGCAGCAGCAAAAUCAAUAUGGUAGCGUUUUGAGGCAGCAGCAGCAGCAGGGAUUAUAUGGGCAAGUGAAUUUUGGUGGGUCGGGGUCAAUUCAACAGAAUUUACAGCAGAAUUCACAAAAUCAGCAAAUGGGUGGCGCCAACUUGUCGCGUUCUGCACUUCUUGGGCAGAACGGGCACCUGCCCAUUCUGCCCGGGCCAGCAGCUGUGGCAGCUGCAGCUCAGUUGAACUUGUUGGCCUCGCCGAGGCAGAAAGCUGGCUUAGUUCAGGGUUCCCAAUUCCAUCCUGGCACUUCACCAGGGCAGCCAUUGCAGGGAAUGCAAGCAAUGGGAGUGAUGGGGUCACUCAAUUUAAGCUCACAACUAAGGCCUAAUAGUGCUCUUGCUUAUGCUCAACAACGGAUUAAUGCUGGACAAAUGAGACAGCAACUGGCACAACAAAAUUCACUCACCUCAUCUCAGCUACAGGUUCCAAACCUAUCAAGGACGUCGUCACUGGCAUUUAUGAACCCUCAACUGUCUGGGCUGGUUCCGAAUGCACAGCCAGGUAUGAUGCAGAAUUCUCUGUCACAGCAGCAGUGGCUGAAGCAAAUGCCAGCAAUAUCUGGUCCUGCUUCACCUUCAUUCCGUCUUCAACAUCAAAGGCAAACACAGGUCCUCUUGCCGCAGCAACUGGUAUCUUCCCCUCAGUUGCAUUUAAAUGCACAACAAUUAUCUCAGCUGGUACAGCAGCAGCCAUCAAUGGGGCACCAACAACUGCAACAGCAGCAGCAGCAGCAGCAGCAACAACAACAACAGCCGCAGCAACAACAGCAAAUACAACAACAACAACAGCUACAACCACAGCAGCAAUUGCAACAACAAUUGCCUUUGCAUCAGCAACAGCAACAACAAUCACCAAGGAUGCAAGGGCCCACUGGUCAGAAGUCUCUUAGUUUGACAGGAUCACAACCAGAUGCAACAGCAUCUGGUACAACUACACCAGGGGGAAGCUCAAGCCAAGGAACGGAGGCAACUAAUCAACUACUUGGAAAGAGAAAAAUACAGGACUUGGUUUCACAGGUGGAUUCACAGGGAAAGCUAGAUCCUGAAGUUGAAGAUCUUCUCUUGGAGAUUGCUGAUGACUUUAUUGAUUCUGUGACUACAUUUGCAUGCAGUUUGGCCAAGCAUCGAAAAUCUUCAACAUUAGAGUCGAAGGAUUUGUUGCUACACUUGGAGAAGAACUGGCAGCUGACUAUUCCUGGAUUUUCAACUGAAGAAAGAAAUUUCCAAAGAAAACCUUUAUCAAGUGAUCUCCACAAGAAGCGUCUUGAUAUGAUUUGUGCAUUGAGGGAGUCUUCACACAUGGAAACAAAUAACCAUAAUCCUAAAGAAAUGAUUAGACAAGGUCUCGGCAACCCCGUUGUUACUAACCACCUGAUAAGACGUUCACCAAGUUCAGAGCAGUUGGUUUCCCAGUCAACCAGUUCUCAAAUGCUGCAGCAGAUCACACGAUUUUAAUGGAUAUAUUUCUCAUUUCUGAUAGUGUCUCCAUGCCAGUUGAAUAUAGCAUGGGAACUUGUUUGGAUUGAUGAAAGCAUCGGCUGUAGAGACCUGGAAAUCAGUUGAAAAAGAUUGCAGCAGUGAUAGAUAAUCUAAUUUAUAGAAAUUGUUGAUGUAUGAUUAUUCGACCUCGUGCAUAGUACCACAAAAGAAUAUGCUUGGUGCAGUUACUUAUAGGGUGAAAAAAAAGGAUAUAUACUUGGGGGAGUUAUUGAGCCCAUGAAUUUAGAUCUGGCUCCCAGUUCAAGCUCUCUUCCAAGUUUAUGUAGAAUGGAACUUGGGUUGGGUGGCAUGUCCUGUAGUUGUGUUGUUCAUUAUUUAUUAAUCAUUACAGAAAGUUUGCUUUUUUUUCCUUAGGCUCAGGAUUUGGUUAUUCUUUGUUAUCAAAUUUUUAUUUUCAGGGUUUCAGGGUCUUUCUGGUCC